AGGUCCAAGACCUGAAAAGCAAGCUGAAGCAGGACAGAAAGAAGUUGGUGAGAAUAUUGUGAAUGGGUCGGUGCCAAAAGUACUUCCAAUUGGUUAGUAAAAUUUAUUGUGAAAAUGUGCAUUUACGUAUCCAGAUAUUCCAGAGUCUAGGAGCAAUUAGUCUAUAAUAGUUGUUUUCACCCACCAAAUAGUGUUGACCAUAAAUUUCAGUUUCUUUACUAAAUAUUCAAUACUCAAUAGUACUCAAAACUUUCUAUGACAACUGUGGCGGGGUGAAGGUGUACCCCCUGAAACUCCCACUGAUAAGGUUAGGUCUAUCCCUGGAAGAUGAUAGCUGCACGAUCAAAAUGUUUCUGGUCAUCAACUGAUUUUCUGAUAUUUUUAUUUACAGACGAACCAACGACAACCAGUAAAGACAGCCCAAAAUCACUUGAAAACUUAAAACCUGUAUCAAAUGAUAUCCCAAAACCUAGUGAGACCACCCCUACCCCAGCAUCACCCCCACCUCCUUCCCCACUUCCACCUCCUUCUCCACUCCUCUCUCCUACUGGCUCUACUGCAAGCUCAUUGCAAGACUCACAGACAUCGAACAAAAGCCGAGCUGGGAGUUCGACAAACGAGAAACACCCAAGAAUGCGAACAACUUCUGGUUCUGGCUCUGAAGUCAUUAAGAAGUCUUUAAAAGAUCUUGAGAGGUCAUCUGUGUCGAUAUCAAGAUACCAGGCAAAGCUUGAUGAGGUUUGUUUUGGCCAAGGAUUGUUUGAAUACUAAAGCUUGCAUACAAUACUCUUGCCUGAUUAAAUUCUAUAGAAAAAGAAAGGUUCUUUAACCCAUUGAGUGGCAGCACUCUUCACUUGACGAGUAAAACUGUCUGGCAUUAGACAGAGUAAAAUACUAAAGUAGGGUGCAUCAGGAUGCAUUGCCACUUAAAGGGUUAAUGAGGGUAACAUUGUUUACUGGUGACCCGGUAGUUUACGUAUAAAUUGCCCUGAGUAUGAAAGUACAAUUUCUGUGUUCAUGGUAGAUGACAAACAGAAUGCAGUGUUCUGACCCUCGGGUGGUGUCAGCAGACACUUUCUGUUACCAUCCUGAAUCUAAAUAUCUUGAAGUGGUUUGGAUAUAUGGCCCUGUUUUCAUUAGACCAGGACGAAGUCAAACCGGAAUGAUAAAUGAAAUUGUCAACAUGUUUACAUGAGACUGGUACGAAAAUCACAAAAUUUUCAAUUUAUUCCCCUUGCCAGGCAAUUUUGUUUUUUAGAUGGCUUUUGUUAGCAUGUGUUGUUCCAAUGUCAAGGUUACAGCCGAGACCGGUCUGAAAUGUAUUUGUGUUUACAUUCAUCCCAGUCUGAAUUCAUGCCGGUCUGAGUGAAGUCAGUCGGCUCAGUCCAGCAAGCGGAAUGACUUGAGACUGGUCUGAGUUAUUUUUGUCCCGGUCUCAUGUUAACGUCUAUUAUAAAUAAUACUAUGGCCGAAACGAAAUGGUCCCGGUUUGACUUUGUUCCUGUCUCAUUUAAACGGGGCCUAACUGCCUUUUAUUUCAUUUUCAGCAAGCAGAUUUAUCCACCAAAACGUUGACGAAAAGUUUCCAAGCAAUUAGAGAAGCGUGAGUAAUCUAUGCAUGGUCUUAUCAUUAACAUCAAAUUGUAUACACUCAAAGCAAUAUGUAUAAUAAUCAAGAUAUCUUAUUUAUAGUUUGAAUGAAAGAGAACAAUAUUUACAAGCGCAUCAGCAGUCUGUUAUAGAAGAAGCAAGUAUGUACACUGUUUUUUGAAAAGAACCAAUCACCUUGUACAUACGUCAAAAUGCACAAGUUGUAACAAACCUGCAGCAGACUUGUAGCAAUGCUGUUCCAACAACUUGUCAACAGGAUGUGUUUCCACUGCUUGUUCCCAGCUUGUUGACAAGUUGUUAACGGCUUGUUGACAACUUGCUACAACGUUGUUGAGCUCAACAGACUUGUUACAAGUUGUUCCAACAACUUGUUAUCGUCCUGCAAGUCAACAAUUUGUCAACAUGUUGUGAUUGACAACCUUGUAGAAACAUGCUGAAAUAACAACAUUGUUACAACUUGUCGACAAGCUUGCUACGAGCCUGUUGCGAACACAUCUUGUUGACAAGUUGUAAGAUUUUUACGUGUAUUCGUGGCUACACGUUCUCAUCGUUUAAUUGCGUUGAAGGAAGCGAAUGAAAUUCGCAUUGUACAUUCGUACAUAAUCUAGGUUACAAUACCGUGUUUUAUUUUUCUUGGUAGAAAAAUUGUUGGAAGAAAGGCAAGAAAAUGCGGCGGGAUUGAAGUUUAAAUGUAAUCGAGUUGGAAGUAUGACUGACGAAGAAACGUCCGAAUUAAGAAAUGAAAUAAAGGUAUGGCGAUUUCAUAAUCCGCUUCUUAUCACCUGCUAGAAAUAGUUCUUUUUUACUUGAGCUUUUUCUUUCCCUUCUCCCAGUAGGAGAUCGGGCCUUGUUAAUUGUUUUUUCUUGAGUAACAACAAUUGUCCAACUUGUUUGUUUUCAGCAUUUCGUAGGGGAAAGAAGGAUAGAUGAAGAUCUAGGCAAGACGAUCAGUUUUGUACGAGAUCAAGAAAAAAUCAUAGAGGUACUGUAACCUUCUUGUAGAUAUUUUUAUUUUUUUCUUUGCACAAAAGUUACUAAGGAAACGAACUAAAAGUUGAAGUUUGUUAUAUUUUGCAGGCUGUAAAGAAUUUUGGCGAAGGUAUUGUACCUAAAAAUGUAUAAACGUUUUGUAGUUUGUUCCACAAUAACGCAUAUGUGUCUCUCUGUGACCGAAGUUCCUGUUGUACAUAAUUGUUUGAUUAUAAUUUCUCGAUAAUUUCUCAGUUUGACUCUACCAAACACUACAGGUUUUCUUUGGGCUGUACAGUUUCCUCCCGAAGAAACACUAGAGCAAUAAGGGAUUACCUUUACUGGACCGAUCUAGGGAGAGCAGUUUAGGACUGAUAGAGGAAUCAAGUGUAAAUGAAGUUAAGUCCAUGCAGGUCUAACGAGGGUGAGAAUUUAUGAGAGUUGGCAAGCGAGAGUUUGCAUGAGAGUUUUCUCAACUCUCGUGCCCUAGUCAAAUGUGAACAAGAGUUGCAUGCAAGAGUUGAUGAGAGUUGAGAAGCGAGAGUUUGCAUGAGAGUUUUCUCAACUCUCGGUCAAACAUGAACAAGAGUUGCGUGAAAGUCGAUGAGGUUGAGAAGCGAGAGUUUGCAUGAGAGUUUUCUCAACUCUCGGACCUCGGUCAAACAUGGACAAGAGUUGCGUGAGAGUCGACGAGGUUGAGAAGCGAGAGUUUGCAUGAGAGUUCUCAACUCUCGUGCCCUGGUCAAACGUGAACAAGAGUUGCGUGAGAGUCGAUGAGGUUGAGAAGCGAGAGUUUGCAUGAGAGUUUUCUCAACUCUUGGACCUCGGUCAAACGUGUACAAGAGUUGCACGAGAGUUGACUGAGCAGCCAAAAUUCUCAUCAACUCUCUUUAAAAUGUAGUCUGGAUCAGUGGGUUUUCUGUUUCACUGAAGCUGUAUCCUACUCUCAGACGGUGCUGGCCAAGCUUGGAAACCUCGUCGCCUCCUAAAACUCUGACAUCAGAAAACCUCUGAACCCAGGGUAAUUGAAAUGUGAACCUUCACACGAGAUUGCAUGAGAGUUGAUGAGAAUUCCAACUCCUAUCAAGUCUCACCCUUGGGCUUUAGUUUAUUAUAGUUUAUAUCAACUCAAAAUCAUCUCAAGUUUUCUUCAUUUGUUCCUAGUUCCUCCAAUUAAACACCAUUAUACACCAUACAAGCGAAAACACCCAGAACCCUCGAAACCAAUCUCCCAUAAACCUCCGCCAGUGAAGACAACCACUGCAUCGAGCAAUGUCUCGACAACCACAUCUACCACUUCUACUUCAAGUGAAACGAAAAGUACUCAUUCAAAGAACGAUAAACGACCAGUGUUGUCGCCGUCACGGCUUAAAGAUCAAGCGGAGAUGCAUGCAAAGCUAAAACAAGCUGUCAAAGAACAACAGGUAAAAGCGUAGCACAAGUAAUUUGUUUAUUUUUGCUUGUACAAGCUCAGAAAAUAUUUUUCUGGCAGUUGUAUCUAGCAAUCUGCAGCUGUCUUCAACAUUUAAACUACAGUUAAUCACCAUGAAGCAAUAUAAUUCAAUGCCAAAAUCCGUGUCAAGAAAAUAAUUAUUUUUUAAUAUAUAAAUAUUCUAGGAGCAACCAUAAGUUAUUAUAAGUCGACCGUUGUAUACACUACAGUACUGUACAACAGUGCACAAUGACCUUUCUGUGUCUUGUUUAAUGUUUCGUUUAACUUUAACGUUUCGGCUACCUAUACGGCAGCCAUUAUCAAAGACGUAUUGCAGUUACGAAAGUCCCCGAACUGUGGAAUCGCAUCAAAAAUUCGUAUAUCGACCACUCCCACAAACGUCUACGACCGCGCCUACAUAUUUUUGCAUGUUUACAAUUCUAAUUUUAAACAGCCAAUCGACGUUUAAUUGUAAUUGUUACCAAGAACCUGAUUGGCUGUUCAAAAUUAGAAUUGUAAACAUGCAAAACUAUGUAGUCGAAUGUAGGCGCGGUCGUAGACGUUUGUGGGAGUGGUCGAUAUACGAAUUUUUGAUGCGAUUCCACAGUUCGGUGACUUUCGUAAUAGACAGUUUAUUAUAAAUAUAUAAGUAAUAUUUUUAUUUUAUAUGUGUUAACAGUUGAAGUUGACCAACAUUCUUUACUCCGUGGUACAACACUUAAACCCAACAAAACCCAACGGCAACGAUGAUUUUUUUAAAUAUUUUCCACUCUCUACUGUUCUAGGUUUCGCCCGUUUCUAAGGAAGGUAGCAAACCGUCUGACCGCACUGGUAAGUAAAAAAAUGAAAAAUUAUGUUUUCUAGGAUGUAAUGGGUGAUUCCAUCUAUAGACUAAAUUUUGAUCUAGCAAGAAGAACGAAAAUCCAUUCCCAUAGCUGGAAAGAGUAUCUUAAAAUGAGUACAAUUGCAAAGUUUGGUUGCGAAUUGUUAUAAAAUGAGGAAAAUAUAGCCCUGUGAAGUUCGCAAAUUUUGUAUAUAUCUGCAUUACGCGCGGCAAAAAUAACCGUUUUUGAGCCGAAAGUGGGUAAUCGUUCCAUGUUUCGCGCACCAAUAUAGUAAACGUUACGUAAUGGAUAUUAUAGUGUAUUGAAAAGUUAACUGGAUACCUCCAUACACGUAUAUACACACCCUAACCCUAUCCCUAACCUUAAACCUAACCCUAAUACCUAACCCCUAACCCUAACUUAUAUUGGUGCGCGAAACAUGGAACGAUAACCGGAAAGGGGUUAUUUCUCCCGCGCGUAAUACAAAUAUAUACAAAAUUUGCGAAUUUCACAGGGCUAUAUUUUCUUCAUUUUAUAACAUUUAGCAACCAAUCUUUGCAGUUUUACUCAUUCUAUGACGCUCUUUCUAGCUGUGGUGUUGGAUUUCAUUCUUCUUGCCUUGAUCAAAAUUUAGUCUAUACCUGCAAUCACAAAUUGAAUGUCUGAAGGGAGUGAAGGCAAUGCUGCAUUCUUCAACAAAAUGUGAUAAAGGUUCUUUGUUUCUCAGCUAGUGAAAAGCCGAAACCAAGAGAUUUUGGACCAAAAUCUAAUCGGAAUAAUAAUGGCAGGGAACAACAGGGUAACUCGCGUCGACAGCCUCAGCGUCAACGACAAACAAGUUCAUCGCAAAAUUCCACGAAAUCGUUUGGUAAUCGUAACGAGAAAAAAUUAACCAAUGACCAGAAUUCUAAGACUCCAGUCAAGGCGGAUGGUGCGAAGGCUCAGGAUGGUAGUCCAGCGGAUGGCGCAUCGCAGGCACAAGGUGGUAGCCCAGCGGAUAAACGUACGCAAGCGCAAGAUGGCAGUUCAGCGGAUAACGGCAAACGGGCUCAGCAAGAUAAGACGGCGGGAAGUAAUCACGUGACUCCUAAUCAUGGAAACCGCACGACAAAACGACGGUAUAUUCGCAAGACCCCGCCAGGUGAGGGAGGCUCUGCAUUUCGAACUGGGACCGUGGACACUUCAAAUAAUCCCAGCUCGACCAAGGAGAAUGGUGAUGAAGCGAAAAGUUCUGAUUUACCAAAUGGACAAUUAGAAAGUCAGAUGACAAAUGGAACAAACGGUUUUGUGCCUUUACCUCAAAGGAACCGCAGGCAGCGAAAGGUUUAUUACAAAAAGGAUCCAGGUAGUAAAAUAGAAUUCCCUCCAGCUAGGGAGAAUGACUCUGUUUCUGCGUGAGCUUCUACGUCAAUAGUCCACCCUCAGUACGCCCGGUCACCAUCAGAGCAUGCAUGGGAUAAUAACCCUCAUUUCAAUUCUCCCAUGCCUAUAGAUCAAAGAAAAUAAUAGAGAAGUUAAGAUACGAUGGUUCUGAACUUCUGAUUUACGGGUAGCGUCAUUCUCUUUUGUAAUUGUCACUGAUGUUUACAUAUUUGAUCGCACUUUUUCAUCGAGUCGACUAUGGUCUAUUGUUACGAGUAAACACACAUCAAUCAAAAUGGUAAAAAAUGACCGUACUUGUAAGUUGGAACCGGGGGUAUCAUAUACCGCUCUUUUAUACCGCUCUAUAAUACGACCAUUUGCUUCCCAGGGUAGCUUGUGUAGUUACAAUAUAACAAAGAUGGUUGUCAAGUUAUUUUGUCUCGAUUGAUGAUGGUCCGGGCUUACUGAUCGAAAGCUUAACUUAAGUAAAGGUGCUGUUGGCUGAAACCUAGUUUCGAUAAGCACUAUCGUACACAGCAGAUGGUGCUCAACCUGCAGGGUUAUCAGAGUGAGAAAAUGAUCUUUCCAUUAUAUAUAGUAGUGUUCAAGCAUAGUCUGUCAAGAUUAUAGACAUAAGUUCUUUGAAUGUUUGCAUGGCGAUAAAAUAUAAUUGUUUUUGUUUGUGGAAACACCACGUAAAUUUAUUACUGCAAAGCUUUCGAUCCGUAAGCCCGGAUCUUCGUCAGUGCUAAUAAUAUGUUAUCAUAUUAUUAGCACUGAUGAAGAUCCGGGCUUACGGAUCGAAAGCUUUGCAGUAAUAAAUUUACGUGGUGUUUCCACAAACAAAAACAAUUAUUAUAGACAUAAUCUGUCCGGUGAACCGUUCAAAGUUACAAAUAGAAGACCUUUCCCAGCGGGCAAAACGGCGUCUAUUCAACGUUGAAUCAACGUUGGAAAUGAUCAUCCAGACGUUGGAUAGACGUUGAAAAAGGAUUGAAAAUGCAAAUUGGAUUGACGUUACUGUUUCGACGUUGAAACAACGUUGAGAUUAGGUUGCCAAUCUCGUCAACCAUAAUUCAACGUUGAAUCCACGUUGAAACAACGUUGAGAAUACUUCACAAGUUGACGUCGUAUAACCAAUCAUCAACAAACGUUGAUUCGUCUAUUUACUCAUGAAUUAUUUUUAAAUGAGUUUGAGAUAUGUAGUAAAAUUAACAUUAUUUUCUCACUCACGUAAUUGCUGGUUGACCAUUAUUGCUGCACGAUAAUGCUCAAUGAAACCUUUAUAGACUCAGUACCUGAUAAAUAAGUGUCGUUGCGUUAGCAGUAGGAGAGUAUUUAGCCUCUCGUGUGACUAACCGUAUCUCUGGGAAUAUUAAAUUUAAGAAACCGGAGAUAAGAAUUGAAUGAUGAAUGAAUUGAAAUAAUAUAUCGUACUUUUUUUUGCAACAAAGUAACACUAAUAAUAUAUACGUGCGAAAUUUAAUGCAAUUUUCCCAAUUAAAGCAAGAAUGCUGUUUCAUGCUCGUCUGUAAUAAUUAGUUGAACACAGACUCAUUUCUGUAAUCGUGGGUUGAGCACAAUAUGCAAAAAAAUUUCAGACCUGAGUCACAUGUAGUUCUGAUAUUCAAUAGUGACGUCAUAACGUUGAUAUGACGUUAUAACAUUAAUAUGACGUCAUAACAUUGAUAUGACAUCAUAACAUUGAUAUGACGUCAUAACAUUGAUAUGACGUCAUAACAUUGAUAUGACGUCAUAACAUUGAUAUGACGUCAUAACAUUGAUAUGACAUAACAUUGAUAUGAAAAAUAAUAUUGAAGGUUAUGACAUCAUGGCAAUGACAACUGCUGAACAGUUGAGGAAUUACAUAGAAACACAAAUGGCUUCCUACAACUGGCCGCUGUUUAAUCUUUUAAAUAAUAAAACAAUUAUCGAAUUCAGUUUUUGCAUGAUAUAAUUAAGAAUUAUAAACGCAUCAGUUUGUGUUAUCCACCUUAGCCUAUAAUUUUUUGUAUCGUGUGAAAACCAAAUUAAUUAUUGGUUCACAUUUAUAAAACUAGAAAAGCAUACAUAAAAAAAUUGGACAUUUAAUUAAUACAAAAUAUCUUAAAUUUUAUGUACAUCAACACUCUAUUUAUUCAUAUUUGUUUUUUAGUCAUGUUGCUAAAUAGUGCUCUAUAAAACUUGAUUGCUAUCUCUUUUCAACCCAAUCAAAAAUUUAAUAGUUUUUGAAACUAAAAGCUAAUUUACACAUUCAAGAUACUUGUAUAAAUAAAAGUUUUUAAUCCACAAGAGAAUCCCAGUCGUCAUUCUACAAAAUUAACUUUAUGUUACGAGUCCGGUUUACUCAUUUUUUUAAUGUCUUCUAGCAUGUAUUUUGGUAAAAACAGUUUGUCCACAUCUUGGUCAUUAACAUGUUUCUUUACUUUUUUCUUGCAAAGUUCUUCUAGUUUUUCAGCUGUAGGUGGAACAAAGAAUAUCUCAAUGCCAUGGAACUAUCCAAAGUUAGUAGAAAUUGUAUGAACUAAACUAAAUUAAUCUGUACUGGAUAACUAUGAUCAGUUCUACACUGUUCUUCCUGGAAGUGUAUCACAUGCCAUCUCAUACUGGUCCAGUCUUACUACAGUGUAAACUAAUUGUAUUUUUAUUGGAUAUCUAUAAGUUCAAAACUAUCUAGAGGACUUCUUAGAGUUUCAUUGUACGUGUCUUUCCUUAUCAGUGGGGUUACAUGUUGAUUCCAAGGCAGAAUAAACUCUUUCUCAGGAAUAAUUGUUUUAUUAUACUUUAUUUAUCAAAACGUUUGUAAAAUGUUAAUGGUAUGCACUUCUUUCGAUGCAUUUACCUUGAAAUAGCUCCUUGGAAACAACUUUAGUUCUGCCAUAAAUAUCAAAUAUACAAUAGAUUGGUUUCUUUGUGGGAAUGUCAGAAGCUGCUGCACCCAUGCACAUACCGUCGGCAUAAAAAACUAGGUGACCAUUUUGGGUAACCUGAAUACCGACCCUGCUGUCUACUUUUAGACUAUGUAAAUUAAGAUUGUAAUCUUUCUCGUUUAAACCAUGAUGUAGUCUGCUUCCAGACAGAAUCCAAAAAUCUUGACAGUCGUCACUAAACAGAUCCGUUGCUGCCCUCACGAUGUUUAUUGAUGAUUGAUCUGGGCUGCAUGUCGUUAUACCCAGUCUCUGAAAUUGAAAUAUUUUAAUGA